AGACAGACAGAAGAUUCCUGAACGCUCUCACGCAUCCACCGGCGUACCUACCGCAUGCUGCUACCCAGCUUCAUGGAACAAGAACAAGGGUGUAUCACCGUCCGCUGACCGAAAUCCACUGUACCUGCUGCUGUCACGUUUAGCACCUACCUGUAUUCCUGCUCUUCCUUGUAUUUACUCUCCUGUAAAGGGUUCUGUUAGCUAGUCAAGAUGUCAGUCGUGGGAUUUGACGUCGGCUUCAUGAACUGCUAUGUAGCGGUAGCCAGAGCCGGAGGGAUUGAAACUGUCGCUAAUGAAUACAGCGACCGAUGUACACCAGCAUGUGUUUCCUUUGGACCCAGGAAUCGAUCCAUUGGUGCUGCGGCUAAAAGUCAGGUUGUCACAAACUGCAAGAACACAGUCCAAGGGUUCAAAAAGUUUCAUGGCAGGGCAUUUUCCGAUCCCUUUGUGCAUCGCCUCAAAAACAGUUUGGUCUAUGACAUUGCUCAAAUGCCAUCAGGAACAACUGGCAUAAAGGUGAUGUACAUGGAGGAAGAGAAGGUGUUCAGCAUUGAGCAGGUCACUGCCAUGCUGCUUACCAAGCUUAAGGAGACAGCAGAGGGUGCAAUGAAGAAGCCUGUUGCCGAUUGUGUCAUUUCUGUUCCCUGCUAUUACACUGAUGCUGAGAGGAGAUCAGUGGUGGAUGCUGCUCAGAUUGCUGGACUCAACUGCCUGAGGCUCAUGAAUGAAACAACUGCAGUGGCUCUGGCAUACGGGAUCUACAAACAGGAUCUCCCUGCUCCCGAGGAGAAGGCAAGGAAUGUGGUGUUUGUGGACCUGGGCCACUCUGGAUUCCAGACAUCAGUGUGUGCCUUUAAUAAAGGCAAACUCAAGGUGCUGUCCACAGCGUGUGACCCAGAGCUGGGAGGAAGAGACUUCGAUGAGAUGCUGGUGCGGCACUUCUGUGAGGAAUUUGGCAAGAAGUACAAGCUGGAUGUAAAGACAAAGCCCCGUGCUCUGGUCAGGCUCUACCAGGAGUGUGAAAAACUCAAGAAACUGAUGAGCGCCAACUCCUCUGACCUGCCGCUCAACAUUGAGUGCUUCAUGAAUGACAUUGACGUCACUGCGAAACUGAACAGGGGUCAAUUUGAAGAGAUGUGUGCUGAUAUUUUGGCACGUGUUGAGGCUCCUCUGCAGAGUCUGCUGGAACAAACCAAACUGAAAAGGGAGGACAUCUAUGCAGUUGAGAUAGUGGGUGGAGCUUCCAGGAUCCCUGCUGUCAAAGAGAGAAUCAGCAAAUUCUUCGGGAAGGAGUUGAACACCACACUGAAUGCUGACGAAGCUGUGGCCAGAGGAUGUGCCCUGCAGUGUGCGAUCCUGUCACCUGCCUUCAAAGUGCGGGAAUUCUCCAUAACAGAUGUUGCUCCCUAUCCCAUCUCCCUAAAGUGGCAUUCUGCUGCAGAGGAAGGUUUGAGUGAUUGUGAGGUAUUUCCCAAGAAUCAUGCAGCACCUUUCUCCAAAGUGCUGACCUUCUACCGGAAAGAGCCUUUCUCUUUGGAGGCUUACUACAACGCCCCUAAUGACCUGCCCUACCCUGAUCCCACUAUUGGUCAGUACAUGAUCCAAAAGGUUGUCCCUCAGGCAUCUGGGGAGAGCUCUAAGGUGAAAGUCAAGGUGCGAGUGAACAUCCACGGUAUCUUCAGCGUGUCUAGCGCCUCUCUGGUUGAAGUGCAGAAGUCAGAUGAGACAGAGGAACCCAUGGAAACAGAACAAGCCAGUGACAAAGAAGGAGAGAGCAAAAUGCAGACCGAUCAGGAGGAGCAACAGGGUCAGGGUGACACUCAGAAAGAAACCGAGGAGAAGACGCCAAAAGAGAAUGAAGAGAUGGAAACUACCACAGAGGAGGGCAAAGGCGAGAAGAAGUCAGACCAGCCUCCACAAGCCAAAAAGCCCAAAGUCAAAACAAAAGUGCUGGAGCUUCCCAUUGAAAACAGUCCACAGUGGCAGCUAGCAGAUGACAUGCUGAACCUUUUUGUAGAAAAUGAGGGUAAGAUGAUCAUGCAAGACAAGCUGGAGAAGGAGAGGAAUGAUGCUAAGAAUUAUGUGGAGGAGUAUGUGUAUGACAUGAGAGACAAACUACACGGGUUGCUGGAAAAGUUUGUCAGCGAACCUGACAGAGAUGCCUUGUCAUUAAAACUGGAGGACACUGAAAACUGGCUGUAUGAAGAUGGAGAGGACCAACCCAAACAGGUGUACAUUGACAAACUGACAGAGUUAAAGAAACUGGGCCAGCCCAUCAAGGAGAGGCAUGCAGAGGCUGAGGAGAGACCUAAAGCAUUUGAGGAAAUGGGAAAACAAAUCCAGCAGUACAUGAAAUUUGUUGAGGCAUACAAAAUGAAGGAGGAGCAGUAUGACCAUCUAGAUGAGGCAGAUGUCAACAAGGUGGACAAACUGGCCAGUGAGGUAAUGAUGUGGAUGAACAGCGCCAUGAACCAGCAAAGCAAACAGAGCUUGACGUUGGAUCCUGUCGUAAAAAUAAAAGACAUCCAGACAAAAACCAGGGAGCUGUUUUCCACUUGCAACCCCAUCGUGACCAAACCCAAGCCCAAGGUAGAGCUCCCCAAGGAGGACACACCUGCAGAGCAGAAUGGGCCCGUCAACGGACAGGAGAAAUCCCCGGAAGAAACUGCAGACAAGGGAACAAAUGAGAGCACAGGCAACCCUAGCUCAGAAUCCACAGAAAACAAGCCUGAAAUGGACCUUGAUUAAAACAGCCUUGUAACGCCUCCCUAAGCAAAGCUAAACGGGAGCUGGUUGCUUGAGAAUGAGGUGCAACCUGGGUGUAUAUCAGAGCAGGUUAAGUGUUUCAGGAACUGCACUCCACAGUCAAAAGCAGGCAGGGUGACUAGCACACUGAGCCCAGCUCCUGAUCUCUCUGAUGACAUAGCAUGCCCUCUUUCUUUCUGGAUGACAUAAAUAAAAGCCAGCCGCAAUAAGCCUGUUUGACAAUGA